CCGAGACAGUCCAAGUCGUCGUCGUCGGAUGUGCUAAUCGCGUUCCAUUUGAGUGGCUGCAUCUCGUCAUCAAUUUAAUUAUUUUUUAGUUUUUUUUUAUUAGUUUAAUUUCACCUCGGAUUAAAGUGCCUUUCCGUUUCUAUUUUGCAGCUCCCCCCCGUAAGUGAGUGCGAGAAGAGAAAAUGGCCAGCCUAAGACUGAUUGGGACGUCGCUGCAGCGCCAACUGACCUUUGCCCGGUCGGUCAAUUUCAGAGGAUCCUCCCCGCUGAUGCAGAGCCGCUUCCUGGCCAGUGCGCCCGCCGCCAAGCACAUCAAGACCAAGGUCGUCGACGGCGUGCUGGUGGUGACGCUGGACUCGCCCGGCGUCAAGGUCAACUCGCUCGGUGCCGAGGUGCAGGCCGAGUUCGAUGCCGUGUUCCGCGAGCUGGAGACGAACCCCGCCCUCAGCUCUGCGGUGGUCAUUUCGGCCAAACCGGGCUGCUUCAUCGCGGGGGCCGACAUUACCAUGCUGGAAAAGUGCAAGACGGUCGAGGAAGCGACGAAGAUCUCGCACGAGGGCCAGCUGCAGUUCAACAAGAUGGAGAAGAGCCGCAAGCCGAUUGUGGCCGCGAUCAACGGAGUUUGUCUGGGAGGAGGGCUGGAGCUGGCGCUGGCCUGUCAGUACCGGAUUGCGGUUAAGAGCAAGAAGACGAAUUUGGGGUUGCCGGAGGUGAUGUUGGGUCUGCUGCCCGGGGCGGGCGGAACUCAGCGACUGCCGAAGUUGUCGUCGAUUCCGACGGCGCUGGAUUUGGCGCUGACCGGGAAGAACGUCAAGGCAGACAAGGCCAAGAAGCUGGGCAUUGUGGACUUGCUGGUGAAUCCGUUGGGUCCGGGACUGAAGAACUCCGAAGACAGCACGAUCGAGUACCUGGAGAAGGUUGCCAUCCAGGCGGCCAAGGACAUUGCCUCGGAUAAGCUGAAGGUGAACCGCAAGAAGGGUGGGCUCGUGAACGGCGUCAUGGAUUUCGCCUUCUCGAUUGACUGGGUCAAGGACAAGGUGUUUGGCAAGGCGCGCGAGCAGGUCAUGAAGAUGUCCGGUGGAUUGUACCCGGCGCCGUUGAAGAUUUUGGACGUGAUUCGCACCGGCGUCGACAAGGGCUUCGAGGUUGGUUCGGAGGCGGAACGCAAGGGAUUCGGAGAGUUGUCGCAGACUCCACAAUCGAAGGGUCUCAUCGGGCUGUUCCGCGGUCAGACUGAGUGCAAGAAGAACCGCUUUGGCAAGCCCGCCAAUCCGCCAAAGACUAUUGGCGUGCUGGGCGCGGGUCUGAUGGGAGCCGGUAUCGUGCAAGUGAGUAUCGAUAAGGGUUAUCACGUCGUGAUGAAGGACACCACGGAGGCGGGUCUGGGCCGCGGUAUUGGACAGGUCCAAACCGGUCUGCAGAACGCCAUCAAGCGAAAACGGAUCAGCGCGAUCGAGCGCGAUCAGAUCCUGUCCAACCUGAACCCUACGCUGAACUACGACGAGUUCCGCAAUGUGGACAUUGUCAUUGAGGCGGUGUUUGAGAACUUGGACAUCAAGCACAAGGUGAUCAAGGAGCUGGAGCAGGUCAUCCCGAAGCAUGCCAUCAUUGCGACAAACACGUCGGCGAUUCCGAUCACCAAGAUUGCCGCGGGAAGCUCGCGUCCGGACAAGGUUGUCGGAAUGCACUACUUCUCCCCGGUAGACAAGAUGCAAUUGCUGGAGAUCAUCACCCACCCGGGAACGUCGAAGGAAACGGCCGCCGCUGCCGUCGAGGUUGGCUUGAAGCAGGGCAAGGUUGUGAUCACCGUCGGCGAUGGACCAGGCUUCUACACGACCCGUAUUUUGUCCACGAUGUUGUCCGAAGCGAUCCGCCUCCUGCAGGAGGGCGUUGAUCCGAAGGAUCUAGACAAGAUGACCAAAUCGUUCGGUUUCCCGGUGGGAGCCGCCACCCUGGCCGAUGAGGUCGGAAUCGACGUCGGUGCUCACAUCGCGGUUGAUCUGGCCAAGGCCUUUGGCGAUCGCUUCAGCGGUGGCAACCUUGGCGUCAUGGAAGACAUGGUCAAGGCCGGUUUCAUGGGACGCAAGUCCGGCAAGGGAGUGUUUGUGUACGAAGGUGGCCGCAGCAAGAACCGCGAGGUCAACCACGAAGCCCUCGCCAUCCUGAACCAGAAGUACGCGUUGCAAUCGCGUGGUGCCAACAGCGUCGAGGACAUGCAGCUGCGAAUGGUGUCCCGGUUCGUGAACGAGGCCGUGCUCUGUCUGGAGGAGAAGAUCCUGGACAGCCCGCUGGAGGGUGACGUCGGUGCCGUGUUCGGACUUGGAUUCCCACCGUUCACCGGUGGACCGUUCCGCUGGGUGGACCAGUACGGCGCGGGCAAGCUAGUCGACAAGAUGCGGUCGUACGCCGACCUGUACGGAGCUCCAUUCCAGCCGGCGCAAACCCUGGUCGACAUGGCGAAGGACUCGACGAAGAAGUUUUAUGCUAGCAAGUAAGACAAUCCGUGCGUAGUUGGUAAGUUUAGGAAAGGUUUUUUUUACUUUUAUUAUUACUUUUUGUUUUUGUUUAAUCCCAUCGACCUGAUAAACGAGAAGAAAUACCUGCCUGUCACAUUAAAGUCCCAUUUCGCAAGGUGUAGUAACGCCAGUAAUCUUUAGUUGUAAUGUCCACCAACUUUUUUUUCUGUUGCAUUUUGUGUAAUAUAAAUGAACGAAACUUUGUUAAAACAA